AUGUUGACCCUCAGUACCGCUUUCUCACUUGCUUUGGCUGCUGGCCUAGUCCCAGUCACCGCGUUGAACAUCAACACCAUCACCUCCAAGUACUUUGGCAACGAUGCCCCCUGGUAUCGUGACCGCAUUCCACUCUUCGAGACCGACCAGACCGUGCUCCAAGAUGUCUACUAUUACCGCUGGGGUGUCUUCCGCGCUCAUCAGCGUGACCUGGGCGCCGAAGGCUACCUGACCACCGAGUUUCUCAACGACGUGAGCUGGCAAAAGAGCCCAUGGGCACUGCUGAUUGAUGCCUCCAACUUCCACCUGCGCGAAGGGCGCUGGUCGCGAGACCGUCGCUUCACCAGCGACUAUGGCAACUUCCUGUUCGGGCCCAACGGGAUCCAAAACCAGUUCUCCGAGUCCCUCGCCGAUGGGGUGUGGCAGGUGUAUCUGGUGGACGGCGUCGCUGACGACGCUACGGCCCAUCUCUCAGCCAUGCAAUCCUUCUUUCAGGGUUGGAACUCGACGACCCUCGGGGUUGGCGGCUACGACUCAUCGAAAGGCCUGUACUGGAUCCAACCCUUGACUGAUGCCACCGAGUACACCAUCUCCAGCAUCGACGCGACCAACGGCACGGACGGUUUCACAGGAGGAUACUCCUUCCGUCCCAGCAUCAACAGCUACCAAUACGCGAACGCGCGCGCGAUCGCUCAACUGGCCGAGCUGACGGGUGACACCGCUGUGGCGGACCAGUACAAUGCCUACGCCGACACGCUCCAGCGCCUCGUUCAGGCCGACCUCUGGAACAGCACAUUCUCCCACUUCAUCGACCGCUACGAGGUGAACAACGAGUACGUGACAUACUGGGACUUCAUCCGCGGCCGAGAGCUCGUCGGCUACGUGCCCUGGGCGCAUGACCUCCCGGACGACAAUGCCACCUACGCCGCAGCCUGGAGCCACGUCCUGGACUCGGACAAGCUGGCUGGGACGCACGGGCUGCGCACCAACGAACCCAGCUACCAGUACUACAUGGUGCAGUAUCGCUACGAAGGCACCCACCCGGAGUGCCAGUGGAACGGCCCGGCCUGGCCAUACCAGACGACCCAGGUGCUCACGGCGCUGGCCAAUCUCCUCGACCACUACCCCAUGUCCGCCGCCACGGGGGUCAUCAACCAAGCCGACUACACGCAGAUCCUGCUGCAAUACGCCCGACUGCACUACAACCCGGCCCGCGGCGGCAUUCUCGACGUGGAAGAAGACUACUAUGCCGACACCGGCAGUCCGAUCGUGGGGCUGACGCGCUCGCCGCACUACUUCCACUCCGGCUUCGUCGACGUUAUCCUGUCCGGGUUCGUCGGGCUGCGAGCCCGCGCCGACAAUGUCCUGGAGGUCAACCCGCAGGCCGACAGCGGGACCGUGUCAUACUUCCGGGCCGAGCGCAUUCUCUACCACGGCCACGAGGUCGCCGUGCAGUGGGACGCCACGGGCAAGCACUACGGCAAGGCCGGGCUCUACGUGGAGGUCGACGGCAAAACGGUCGCCAGCGCGUCGAAGCUGACGCGCCUGACGGCCAACAUCACCCGCGCGGCGCCGCCCACCGUCGACCGGCCCAUCGCCGUCUCCGUCCAGCUGGGGACCACCACGGAGUAUCCGGCGGGAAGUGUCUCGGUCGCCGGGGCGGAUGCCGACGAUGUGCACGCCGCCAUCGACGGCCGAGUCUGGUUCUACCCGGAGACCGACGUAGCCAACGGGUGGGACAGUCCCGCCGGCAACGGCACGGAGAUCUGGUACCAGAUCAACUUCGGCAGUGCGACGCAGACCGGCCGCGCGGAGAUCGCCUUCUUCGCGAAUGCCACCCAGGGGUAUGCGGUGCCCACCUCGUAUCGGAUCGAGCAGCUCGACGGAGACUCGUGGACGGCGGUGUCGAAGGCUAAGUAUGAUAAGCCGCUGGCGAACGGGAUCACGAAUGCUUCGUGGCAGACGGCGCAGACAAGCCAGGUAAGGCUGGUGUUUACGCCGACAAAGGGGGAGAAGGUGCGCUUGGUCGAGUGGAAGGUCUUCAGCAGUUGA